AUGAGCGGGGGCCGCUUCGACUUUGACGAUGGUGGGGCGUACUGCGGGGGCUGGGAGGGGGGCAAGGCCCACGGUCACGGACUCUGCACCGGCCCCAAGGGCCAGGGCGAAUACUCGGGCUCCUGGAACUUUGGCUUUGAAGUGGCAGGCGUCUACACCUGGCCCAGCGGAAACACCUUCGAGGGCUACUGGAGCCAAGGCAAACGGCAUGGGCUGGGCAUAGAGACCAAGGGGCGCUGGCUCUACAAGGGCGAGUGGACACACGGCUUCAAGGGACGCUAUGGGGUCCGCCAGAGCACCAGCAGCGGCGCCAAGUAUGAGGGCACUUGGAACAACGGCCUGCAAGACGGCUAUGGCACCGAGACCUACGCAGACGGAGGGACGUACCAAGGCCAGUUCACAAAUGGCAUGCGCCACGGCUACGGGGUGCGCCAGAGCGUGCCCUACGGGAUGGCAGUGGUGGUGCGCUCACCACUGCGCACGUCGCUGUCGUCCCUGCGCAGCGAGCACAGCAACGGCACGGUGGCCCCGGAUUCGCCCACCUCGCCGGCCUCCGAUGGCCCGACACUGCCCUCGCCCGCCAUCCCGCGUGGUGGCUUCGCGCUCAGCCUGCUGGCCAACGCCGACGCGGUGACGCGGACGCCCAAGGGUGGCGGCCUGUUCCAGCGGGGCGCGCUGCUGGGCAAGCUGCGGCGCACGGAGUCGCGCACGUCCCUGGGUAGCCAGCGCAGCCGCGUCAGCUUCCUCAAGAGCGACCUCAGCUCGGGCGCCAGCGACGCCGCCUCCACCGCCAGCCUGGGCGAGGGUGCCGAGGGCGCCGACGAGGCUGCGCCCUUCGAAGCUGACAUCGACGCCACCACCACGGAGACCUACAUGGGUGAAUGGAAGAAUGACAAGCGCUCGGGCUUCGGCGUGAGCGAGCGCUCCAGCGGCCUCCGCUACGAGGGCGAGUGGCUGGACAACCUGCGCCACGGCUACGGCUGCACCACGCUGCCCGAUGGCCACCGCGAGGAAGGCAAGUACCGCCACAACGUGUUGGUCAAGGGCACCAAGCGCCGUAUGCUGCCGCUGAAGAGCAACAAGGUCCGCCAGAAGGUGGAGCGCAGCGUGGAGGGCGCCCAGCGCGCUGCCGCCAUUGCGCGUCAGAAGGCCGAGAUCGCCGCCUCCAGGACGAGCCAUGCCAAAGCCAAAGCUGAAGCGUCGGAACAGGCCGCCCUGGCUGCCAACCAGGAGUCCAGCAUUGCCCGCAAUUUAGCCAGGGAGCUGGCACCGGACUUCUACCAGCCAGGUCCGGAAUAUCAGAAACGCCGGCUGCUCCAGGAGAUUCUGGAGAACUCGGAGAGCCUGCUGGAGCCCCCGGAGCGAGGCGCGGGCGCCGCGGGCCUCCCGGAGCGAGCCCGCGAGAGCCCACAGCUGCACGAGCGCGAGACCCCUCGGCCCGAGGCCGGUCCCCCGUCGCCGGCUGGGACGCCCCCGCAGCCCAAGCGACCCCGGCCAACGGCGUCCAAGGACGGCUUGCUGGGUCCGGGGUCCUGGAACGGGGAGCCCGGUGGCGAGGGCAGUCGGCCGACCACGCCGUCCGAGGGCGCGGGUCGCCGCAGCCCCGCGCGCCCGGCCACGGAGCACAUGGCCAUCGAGGCGCUGCAAGCGCCGCCCUCGCCGUCGCGGGAGCCCGAGGUGGCGCAUUACCAGGGCUACCACAGCUAUGCCGUGCGCACCGCGCCGCCCGAGCCUCCGCCCUUCGAGGAGGAGCCGGAGCCUGAGCUCUCCGGGCCCGACUCCGCACCCUCGUCCCCGUCCACCGCGCCCUCGUCCCCGGCCUCCGCCUCGGUGCACGCCCCCGCGCUCCGGGGCCCCGCACCCGAGAGCCCGGUCAAGCUGGAGCCCAAGCCCAUCGUCCCCAAAGCUGAGCCCAGGGCCAAGGCCCGCAAGACUGAGGCCCGGGGGCUGACCAAGGCCGGGGCCAAGAAGAAGGCGCGGAAGGAGGCAGCGCUGGCAGCAGAGGCUGAGGUGGAAGUGGAAGAGGUCCCCAACACCGUCCUCAUCUGCAUGGUGAUCCUGCUCAACAUCGGCCUGGCCAUCCUCUUCGUUCACCUCCUGACCUGACCCUCAUCUGCUAGAGCCAGGAGUUCCUGCUGAGGACAUGAGGACCCAUCUUUCUGCAAAGCCAGGCAGGGUGGCCAAGGAGGACUGGACUCUGGACCUGGAGACCUGGGGUCCAACUCACAUUCGCAACACAGAUGUCUAAGGAAGACUCCUGGGGUGCCUGCACUGGGGGGCUGGUGGUGCCAGGAGGAAUGGAAUGUGCU